AUGCAAAACCAAAACAAAUCUGUUUUAUUCAAAGACAAAGAUACCCUACUUAGCAUGCAUGGCAUUCUAUAUGUAUGUAUACUGUUCUUUCUUCUUUCUCUCGCACUUUCAGACUCUCCAUAUCAUAUCAUAUCAUACCAUAAUCCUCUCAUCUGGAUCCAUACUUUUACUACUAUGUGUAACAUGCCAAUUGACUAUGUUUCUGGUCCUUAUGUUCCACGGCUGGUAAAAAAAAAGUUAUUGUCUUCAUUUCCUUAUGACUGUCUCCACUCACUCACUCACCUGCUCAUUGAUGUACUUGCUUCUCACAAAUAUUUCUCAGUCCAUAUCUAUUGGUUCUAUAUUACAUGGUCAUUGCGUGUGUAUGUUGGAAAAAAGAAGACGAUGAAGAAAGAGGAAGAGGAAGAAAACAAUGAUGGAAAGGGAUUGUGCCAUACAUUUGAUGAUCAAGAAACCGCGGAAUUAAAAAUGCGAUAUGUUAUAACCGAUUACUACCAUACUUCCAUUGAACCAAUUGAUUCCAGUACUGUGAUCUCCUAG